UUCAGUCCCAGUCACCCAAAGCCAUGAAGGUUCUUUUAGCUGUUUUGAUUUAUAUGCCAUUAGCCACAGCUCUGAUAAGGAUCCCUCUAGUUCGGUUUAAAUCUAUCAGAGGAACACUUCGGCAAAAGGGAGAAUUGGAUCAGUUCUGGAGAGAUCAUCUGCCAGAUGGUUUUGCUCAGAAGUACCUGCAUUGCUUCCCUUCAGAUACUGUUUUGUCUGCAGGACCUGCAAGAGUAAGGCUCUGCGAUUACAUGAAUACCGAAUAUUAUGGAGAGGUGAGCAUUGGCACUCCAGCUCAGAAAUUCACAGUGAUCUUUGAUACUGGCUCUGCUGAUUUUUGGGUCCCUUCAGCUUAUUGCAUCAGUGAUGCUUGUGAGUUGCAUCAAAAAUUCAUGCCGUUUUCAUCAGACUCUUAUGCACACGGAGGGCAGAAAUUUACAUUGCAGUACGGCACAGGGAGGCUCAUGGGUAUUGUUGCCAAAGACAAGGUACAGAUUGGCAACAUUACCAUUGAAGACCAAGCCUUCGGAGAGUCAGUUUUUGAACCUGGCAUGACUUUUGCCUUUGCACACUUCGAUGGAGUGCUGGGCUUGGGAUAUCCAACCUUAUCAGUAACCAACUCAUUGCCAGUAUUUGACAAUAUAAUAAAGCAAAAUUUGGUAGAGGAACCUCUAUUUUCCUUCAGCUUGUACAGAGAACACGACGGUGAGAAUGGAGGUGUAUUGACUAUCGGGGGCAUAGACCAUUCCCUCUUCACAGGCCCCAUUCAAUGGUUUCCUGUCACUAAGAAGGGUUACUGGCAAAUUCAUAUGAACAGUGUGAAAAUCCAAGGACAGAUCAUAUCAUGUAACUCUGGCUGUGAAGCCAUUGUCGAUUCGGGUACUUCACUCAUUACUGGCCCACUUUCACAAAUAGUAAGACUGCAACAAAGUAUUGGAGCUUUCCCAACUGCAACUGGAGAGUUCCUUGUAGACUGCAGAAGAGUAUCCAGUCUGCCCCCGAUAACCUUCUCCAUUGGGGAGAGAGAAUUUACACUACCUGCAGAGAAAUACAUAAUCAAGGAGUUUAAUGGAAAAGAAAAUGUGUGUCUCAGUGGUUUUCAGGCUGAGGACAUCAGCGGCCACAACAUGCCUCUGUGGAUUCUGGGAGAUGUAUUUAUGUCUGCUUUUUAUUGUAUCUUUGAUCGUGGGAAUGACAGAGUUGGGUUUGCAAAGCCUGCUGCUCAUACAACAAAGCAUUAUUAGAAGGUGUAGUAGACACUCAUCAAUGGAAACUUGCAUAAUACUAAUGACCCUUCCCUACAUAACAGUAAGUCUAGAUGGGUUGGCAGGAAAUCAUAGAAUCAUAGUGUGGAAGAGACCACACAGACCAUCCAGUCCAACCCCCUGCCAUGCAGGAAAGGCACAAUCAAAGCACCCCCAACAGAUGACCACCCGGCUUCUCAUGAAAAGCUCCAAAGUAGGAGCCUCCACUACACCCUGAAGCAGACUUCCACUGUUGGACAGGUCUCAUGGUCAGGAAAUUCUUCCUAAUGUUCAAGUAGAAUCUCCUUUCCUGUCAUUUGAACCCAUUGUUCCAAGUCAUAGGGCCCUAUCCUAGAAUCUGAUCUCGGGUUUUCUGCUUUAAACUGGAUUGUAUGAGUCCACACUGCCAGAUAAUCUGGGAUAAACAGAAAACCUGGGAUCAAAUCCUGUGAUAUAGGGCAUGUCUGGAAGGACCCCUAGUCUCCAAGGCAGCAGAAAACAAGCCUGCUUCCUCCUCCUUAUGACAUCCCUUCAAAUAUUUAAACAUUGUUAUAAUUUCUCCUCUCACCCUUCUUUUCUGCAGGCUAACCAUCCCCAGGUCUUUAAGCUGCUCCUCAUAGAACAUGGCCUCCAGACCUUUGAUCAUUAUUUGCAUUAUUUUUUGCCACAUGGUCGAGGAUGCUCUUCUAUCCACCCUCAUCACAUGCACACUAACGUAUUUUCUUUUAAGCGGAGGUGCACUAGUACUAAUAUAUUGAUAGGCAGGCAUCUACACACAAACCAACUUUGGAAGAAGCCACUUUCUGGUGGAAUUGCUUACCUCUCAGCAACCAGUUCUGCCCACCACUAACUUCUCACCAUAAUUACACACUGAAGUGAUGCUCUGAUGACAUGCCUAAAAUCUGGAUUUUCUAUAAGACUUUGGGGUAAAAGGCAAGUUUUAAAAAUGAAUUGAAGCAC